UAAUUAUUGUCAGCUGACCUACAUACUGAUCUGUUAAUGAUUCCACCCAGAGGCCUCCCUGUGAGGGGGUCUGUGUUUUUUGGAGGGGCUGAAGUCUGAACUCCUCAGUCUGCAGACGCUGCCAUGGCUCGGCUGGUGGAAUGUGUCCCAAACUUCUCCGAGGGUCGAAACAAAGAGGUGAUCGAUGCCAUCUCUGCAGCCAUAUCCGGCACCUCUGGCUGCAGCCUGCUGGACGUCGACCCCGGAGCCUCCACCAACCGGACCGUCUACACCUUCGUGGGCUCUCCAGAGGCCGUGGUGGAAGGAGCGCUGAAUGCUGCCCGGCAGGCCUUCAGCCUCAUCGACAUGAGCAAACACUCAGGUGAGCAUCCUCGUACCGGAGCACUGGACGUUUGUCCCUUCAUCCCUGUCCAGAACACCUCCAUGGACGACUGCGUCAAGUGCGCCAACACAUUUGGACAGAAACUCUCUGAAAUGCUGCACGUCCCCGUGUAUCUUUACGGAGAAGCAGCACGGAAAGAAACAAGGAGAAGUCUUCCAUCUGUCCGUGCUGGAGAGUAUGAAGCUUUACCUGAGAAGUUGAAGCGUGAUGAUUGGAUGCCUGACUUCGGCCCCGCCUUGUUCGUACCAUCAUGGGGCGCCACGGUAACCGGCGCGCGCAAGUUCCUGAUCGCGUACAACGUGAACCUGAUCAGCACCAAAGAACAGGCUCAUCGCAUCGCUCUGGAUGUCAGGGAGCAGGGCCGCGGCAAAGACCAGCCCGGGCUGCUGCAGAAGGUGCAGGGCAUGGGCUGGUACCUGGACGAGGCCAACAUCGCUCAGGUGUCCACCAACAUCCUGGACUACGAGCUGACCCCCCUCCACACUGUGUAUGAGGAGAUCUGCAGGGACGCUGAGGACCUGAAGCUGCCCGUGGUCGGCUCUCAGAUCGUCGGUCUGAUCCCUCUGAAGGCGCUGCUGGACGCUGCUGACUUCUACAUCCACAGAGACCGACUGUUCGUCGUGGAGGAGGAGCACAAAGUCCGGCUGGUGAUCAGCAAACUCGGCCUUGACUCUCUUGGUCCGUUCGACCCAAAGGAAAGAAUCAUCGAGUACAUGGUGAGGUCACAGGAGAACAGCGGGCUCGUGUCUUUGUCUCUGCAGCAGUUUGUCCGGAGCGUCGGAGCUCGGACAGCAGCGCCUGGCGGAGGCUCUGUUUCUGCUGCCAUCGCUGCUCUGGGGGCGGCGUUGGGCGCCAUGGUGGGUCAGAUGACGUACGGGAAGAGGCAGUUUGAGAACCUGGACGGGGUGAUGAGAAGGCUGAUUCCUCCCUUCCAUCAGGCCAUGAACGAGCUGCUGCUCAUGGUGGACGCCGACUCGUCUGCCUUCAACAGCUACAUGACGGCGCUGAAGAUGCCAAAAAACUCAGCAGAGGAAAUCAAAAGGCGACAGGCUGCGAUGCAGGAGGGUCUGCAGCGGGCGGUGGGCGUCCCUCUCGCUCUGGCUGAGAGGAUCAGCGUCCUCUGGCCGUACCUUAAAGAAAUGGUCGCCUACGGAAACAUCGCCUGCAAGUCCGACGCUCAGGUGGCAGCUAAAGCUUUGGAGACGGCUGUGUUCGGAGCAUAUUACAACGUCACCAUCAACCUCAAAGACAUCGCGGACAACGCCUUCAAGACGGCUACUCAGUCGAGAGCGUCAGAGCUGCUACAGGAAGCGAAGGACAGUGCGGCCGCCAUCCUCCACGCUGCUGAGGAGAGAAACUGAAGGCUUCCACAGUGUGAUGCUGCUCUGUGACCGGAUGUUUCCUGCAGCGAUGCACUCUGGGACUAGUAGUUGACUAAACCAGAUUUAGUUUUUUGGAACAAUAAUAAUUUCUGUUGAUUGUAAAUAUUCAUCAUGGAGACUUAAUGUUGACACGAGUGACCAAAUAAACAGACUCACUGU